AUGUACUUGAAGUCCCAUCUACGUGGACCCGCCGCGAACAUCAUCGCCGGCUUUCAAUCGACGGUUGAGAAUUACGAUGACGCAGUACGUAUCCUAACCAACACGUAUGGUCGCCCGGAGAUCCUACGCAAUAAGCUAUGGGACAAGCUCUUGCAGUUACCACCUGCCUCAGAGUCGCCGCAGUCACAACGCGCGACACUUUGUGCUGUAAGAGCCACGUGGACCCAGCUUCAACAUCUCAAAGAGGACUCUAGUGCGAUAGGCACACUUAGAAUCAUUCGUGCCAAGUUUCCUCGGCGUACUCGUGAGAGAAUUGGCGAAUUCAAGAAUAAGGGAGAUCCGAUGUGGACAGUAGAUGAGUUGCUUGAUACUUUGGAUACCAUCAUCGAUAGACUGGAGAACAUAGAGGACGCAGACCCUUCGGAUUAUCACUCCUACAAUUCUCAAUCCGUUGUUCGUCAACACUCUCUUUCUCCUCGUAGAUAUCCGAGCGAGUAUCGGACAGGUGAAGCGUUUACGCGCUAUCGUACACCAUCGCGAUCGAGGCGUUCGCCGUCGCGCUCGCUGUCCCCUCGCAGUAGACAUGAGAGAUCAUCAUCACCCUACUACCCUAGGCGUGCGUCGUACAGCCCUACUAGAUCGCGACGUGCAGCACCAUCUGAUGUGCAGUGUGCCUUCUGUCACAACUUUGGUCAUCUACCAGACCGUUGUAGAACCAUCCCGGAUGCUAGGCAGCGAAGAGUGUUUGUCAGUCGUCAUAAGCUUUGUUGGUUGUGUUUGCAACCUGACCAUACUUACAUUGACUGUGACGAGCCUCUUUGUCCAUAUUGUAGCAGGAUACAUCAUAGGUCACUCUGCCUCAAAACUUUAUCCGUACCGCGAUCGCCAAGUCCAUCGCCUAGGCAACGCUAUCAGGACUCGCAUAGAUCUCAAUCGCCAAGACGUGUUCAAUUUUCUGAGGAAGCCUAUAGACCGUCAUCUCGUACAAGCACCCGUGCAUCUUCGCGCGGUUUUCAGUCCAGGUCACCACCACCAUCUAGGAAUAGGUUUUCUCCUACACCAUCUAGGCGCACUUCACUAUCGCGAAGGUCGCGCAGUCCUAUGUCUGCAGUACACAGCGCCAACUGUACCCUUGACGUGCAUGGAACUACCAAUGAUACACGAUCUGACUCUCCUGACGAUCAUUCUCCAGCUCGCACGGAUGUGCAUCCGCCUUCUUCUUGUACAUCUGUCUGUCAUGAUCAGUCAACACCUCAGGAGCCCCGCCUAAUGGUAGUCCACGCUGUAACUAGGAAUUAUAAGACCAACAAGAGCGAACUACUCACGGUGUUCUUGGAUAGUGGUUCGCAGUAUAGUUUUAUUUGCACCGCGUUGGCCAAACAUCUGGGCCUUUCAUUCAGGAAUACCAGGACUAUUACUACCCUGACGUUCGGAGGACAUCAGUAUACGGAAUCGUCAGAGGUCACUCUUACACUUUGGGACCAAUACGACUAUCCGAUCCAACUCGAGCUAUGGACGCGCGAGAAGAUCACGACAGUCCCACGGACUAACAACUGUUACGACAGUACCAUCGUCGAUCCUGCAGAUAGAGUGGAAGUUGACGUGCUUUUAGGAAUAGACAACUAUUGGCGUGUUGUAGAUCUGCACAGGAAUGAGAAGUUACCAUCAGGACUCAUCUUGUCGCACACAAGGUUCGGACCAGUUUUAUCUGGCAUACAGCACCCGGUUGUUUCUAACACCCUUUCAACUAUCCACAAUUUCUCGGACGAAGACGAGCCAGAGAGCGAACGAUCAAUACGUAGCUUUCUCGGUCUCGAUGUACUCGGAUUAGACGAAGGCGAAGAUGUGGAUGCCGACGUCAUCAGGCAGUUUUUUAGCAAGGAUCCAGCAAAUCGGCUCAAGGAACAGAUUCUUGCUAACACUUAUGUCGAUAAUCUCAUCAUUGGCGCAGACUCCAAUCAGGAAUGCCUGACUAAGUGUAAACAGUGCAAGGACAUUUUCGCAAGGAUGUGCAUGAACCUUCGCGAGUUCAUGUCUAAUAGCCAGAGUACGAUGCUGUCGAUUCCUGAACACGAUCGUAUGACAAUACACGGACAUUUCGUCAAGUUUCUAGGGAUUAAAUGGGAUCCUAAGCUUGAUGUGCUGCAUGUGCCGAUUAACAUCGCGCACCAACCCGUAACGAGCAAGAGGACAGCAUUAAGAGUCUAUGCGUCUACGUUUGAUCCUCUAGGACUGUUAACACCGCUGCUGGUAAGACCCAAAAUGUUUAUACAGGACUUAUGGGAAGCCGGUUAUGAUUGGGAUGACCCCUUCACUGAGGAAGAUGCCCAGAGAUGGAACAACAUCGUGCAGGAAAUGAGCGACUUUCACUCGCACGUGCCGCGCUACCUCGGAUCUACUUGUGAUGAUGCUUACGAUUUGGUUCUUUGUUCGGACGCGUCUAAGCGAAUUUAUGCCACCGUCGCUUACGUCUUGACAUGUGAGUCGAACAAUAAACCACAAUCAACCUUAUUCUUCGCGAAAGCGAAGCUAGCUCCCCCAGGUGCGAUCACCAUCCCUCGCAUGGAGCUUCUAGCUUGUCACAUGGCAGCCAAGAUGGCAAAGUUUCUGAUAGGCCAGUGCAAAGUCAGCUUCCGAUCAAUUAGAUUCCUCACCGAUUCUCAGAUAGUUCUGUACUGGAUUCAGUCGCGCAAGCCGCUCAAGACUUAUGUCGCAAACCGCGUCAGAUACAUCCGUCGCGUACUAGACGAGUUGAGAGCGGACAACAUUGCUACCGGAUUUUACUACUUGGAUACGGACAAUAACCCGGCGGACUGUGCCACCCGAGGAUUAACCGCCUCAGAAUUCCAGAAUCACAUGUGGUGGACAGGCCCAAGCUUUUUCAUGACCCCUUCUUCGCAGUGGCCCUGGAAGAAUCUUGAACCAUCAGUUACUUUUCCGCCAGGUGCUGAAGUAGAAGAGCUUAAGGUGGUCACAACAUCGAUGAACACCAUCCUGGAAUCUUAUACCUCCUUCGUGCCUUUUACGCGUACCAAUUCUUACACCAAGUUGGUUCGAGUCACUGCGUAUGUCCUAAAGUUUUUGGCCAAAGUGCGUCACCGAGCCAGGACGCGCUGCCAUCAUGAGAACCAGGACACGCAAUCUAUUCUUAGCACGAUGGACACGACACCCGUGGUAACACCAAAGGACUUCACGACGGCUGAAUCGUUGCUCAUACGCGAGCACUACAGGGAGUGCCAGCAACGCUUGAACAGUUCAUAUAUGAAGAAGUUUCGCACGACAUGCGACGAGGACGGUAUCAUCAGAAUAGAGGCCAUUCUUAACACCAGACCUCUAUUUCCGGUGAAUUCAUCCGAUCCGGAUACGAAUGUGGCCAUAAGACCUAUCGACUUGAUUACUUCGGAUUUUCAAGUGGCACGUUUGACCGGCAAUAUACCUCAGAAGAUCGCUAACGCAUCGAGCGAAAGUUAUCGAGCGCUCCGUACGCGCUACAAGUCCCUACAGGAAGACUUAGACCAUUUCUGGCAACUUUGGCAGACGGAAUACCUCGACGCCUUGGCUCAAAGACAAGUCAGACGCACGAACGGUCAGUCUAGUAAGAAACCACCCCGAGUAGGAGAAGUAGUGCUCGUCAAACAGGACGCGCAUCGAUCAACGUGGCCACUAGCACUCAUUCUGGAACUUUACACUUCAUCUGACGGCAAUAUCAGAUCAGCCAAGAUUAGGACUGCCAAGAAGAAGAUAUUGGAACGUUCAAUCAACCAUCUGGUACCCCUGGAGAUAGUGGCAGAUGAGGAGACCAUCCCGGAGCGAGGUUACGAACAGCACCUUGCAGUAAAGGAUACUCCUUGUGGAACAUCUAAGGAGUGA